GGCGCUGUCUGUCAGGGAGAAGCUCCGCCCACCGGGAGUCAGACUGCGGACUGCUCCGGGACCAGAAUCUAAGAGUCCUCCGGAUCAUCUGUGAUCAGUUAUAGAUUAGUUAUUGAUCUGUGGUGAGCAGGUGAGCGGUCAGGUGAGGUGUGUUUGAUCUGUCGGAGGGGAUGUCCCGCCUGCUGGAGAGCAGGAGACAGGACAGGAUGAAGGAAAUCAACCUGAAGAAUAAGGAGAAGGAGCGUCUGAAGGAGAGAGAGAAGGAGGCGAGAGAGAGGGAGGCCAGGAGCAGCAACGGUCACCUGUUCACCUCCCUGACCGUCUCCUCCACCACCCUCUGCUCCUCCUGCAACAGGAGCAUCACAGCCAAGGAGGCGCUGAGUUGCCCAGCCUGCAAUGUCACCAUCCAUAACCGCUGCAGAGACAGUCUGGCCAGCUGUGCCAAGAUGAAACAGAGGCAACAGAAGCUGGCGAUGGUCAGAAACAGUUCAGCUCUGCAGAACGUCGCCCUGAGGACUAAAACUCCAAUGAUGAAGGAGCGUCCGAGCUCAGCGAUCUAUCCCUCCGACAGCCUCCGUCAGUCGCUGCUCGGGUCCAGACGAGUCCGAUCUGGACUCUCGCUCGCAAAGAGCGUCUCCACCAAUAACAUCGCAGGAGGGACUGAGGACUCUGCAGGUCUCAGGAGGAUUCUGUCUCAAUCCACUGAGUCUCUAAACUUCAGAAGCAGAACUCUGUCGAUGGAGUCUCUGACUGAUGACGGUGAGUGGUGGUGGAGCUCUCUGCUGGAGCAGCUGCAGGUGGAGGGCAGCUGUGUUCAGGCCGACAGCUGGAGUAUGGCUGUGGAACCAAACUUCCUGCAGACGCUUCACAAAGACCUGAUCAGACAGCAGGACGUCAUCUACGAGCUGAUCCAGACCGAGUUCCACCACGUCCGGACACUGCGGAUCAUGGAGGGGGUGUACCGGCGGGGGAUGCUGGAGGAGGUGAUGCUGGAGGCGGGCGUGGUUCACACCAUCUUCCCCUGUCUGGACCAGCUGCUGGAGCUGCAUUCCACCUUCCUGUCGGAGCUGCUGAACCGCAGGAAGGAGGGGCUGACUGAGGGCAGCUCCAACAACUUCACCGUCCGCUGCAUUGGAGACCUGCUGCUCAGACAGUUUUCAGGUCAGUGUGCUGACGACAUGAAAAAACUUUACUCUGAGUUCUGCAGUCGACACCCGAAAGCUGUGAAACUCUACAAAGAAGUUUUAACUCGAGACCGAAGACUACAGCAGUUCAUCAGGCGUGUCUGUCGUGGUCCUCUGCUGCGUCGUCAUGGCGUCCAGGAGUGCAUCCUGCUGGUGACACAACGAAUCACAAAGUACCCAGUCCUGAUCCAGAGAAUCCUCGACAACACCAAAGGCAGUGAGGAGGAGGCGCAGGCUUUGAGUCGGGCACUGCAGCUCCUGAAGGAGUUGAUCAGCGCCGUGGACCAGGAGGUGCUGGAGCUGGACCGGACCAGGAGGCUGCAGGAGAUCCAGGCCCGUCUUGACCCGCGGGCCCAGGCGGAGGUCCGAGGAGGAGGAGUGUUCAGAGGAGGAGAGCUGCUGAGGAGGAGGCUCCUCCAUGAGGGGACGCUCCUCUGGAAGGUCCAGGGCUCCAGGAUGAAAGAUGUUCAGGUCCUGCUGAUGUCAGACAUCCUGGUUUUCCUUCAGGAGAAAGAUCAGAAGUUCACCUUUGCAUCACUGGACAAGUCUCCAGUCGUCUCCCUGACUAACCUGAUCGUCAGAGAUAUAGCCAAUCAGGAGCGAGGGAUGUACCUGAUCAGUGACUCCACCCCCCCAGAGAUGUACGAGCUUCACGCUUCGUCUAAAGACGAUCGACGCACCUGGAUGAUGAGGAUCCAACAGGCUGCUCUCAGUUGUCCGUCCAGAGACGAGUUUCCUCUCAUCGAGACUGAAGACAAAGCUUUACUACGAAGACUCAGAGCUGAUAUCCAGCAGAAGGACAGGGAGGUGCUGGAGCUCCUGCAGGAGCGCAUCACUCUGUUUUCUGACCUGGUGGAGGCAACAGGAAGAGGAGAAGCAGAAGAAGAAGGAGGCGUGGAGGUGAACACGUCCCCCGUCAGGACCUCCUCCAGCUCCUCAUCCUGCAGGAACCUGUUCAGGGCCGACACUCCUCACGCUCCUCAGGCAGAGCCGCUUCUCACGGCCGCCAUCACUGAAGUCGACAAACUGACGGAGCUGCUGUUAAACUCCCAGAGAUCCCAGAGAUCCUCUGUAACCAACGGCAACCAGGAGCUCAGCAAUGGUGACUCUGGUUCUCUGAACGGUUCUUUCGAGUUGAACGGUGGCUCCUCAAAGGACAGAAAUGGUAACCAGCUGCAGGAACGAACCAUAAAUGAGGAAGUCCGUCGGCGUUUGGUCAAUCUGAGCAUCCAGCUUCACGCCCUGCAGGCUGCUGUGAUUCGGCAGGACUCGAUCCUGGAGCUGUCAGUCAGAACAGCUCCCGCCAGCUGCACCACCCCUGCCUCUGGCCCGGCCCCCGGCCCCCGCCUCAGUCGGUCAGUGUCACGGGACUCGGGGAUGGAUGCCAACGGAGAGGCAGUGCUGCUGCGGCGGCAGGUGGAGCUUCUGCAGGAGGAAGUGACACGACUGCGUCUGAGGGGGGAGGAGCCUGACAGGGAGGGGGCGGAGCCAGGCGGCAGGAGGAGGAGCAGUGGAGAGAUCAGUAAUGUCAUCAAGGAGGAACUGCAGGUGAGCAAGAGGCGUGGCAGCAGGGAACUGGAGCCCCUCCCCCUUGCUCCAUUGGCCAAUCAGGAUCCAGUCGACCAAUUAGAUGGCGUACAGGAAGGAAAUGAGGAGGAGGAGGAAGUGAUGAAGAUCUCUCCUCGCUCUGACAGCCCCAGAGACCUACAGGACAUCCCCGAGGAGAGCGAGUGUGGAGCUGAUCCCAGUUAACAUCAUCGCACCUUCACCUGAUGACCUCAGGGACUCUGCUGAUGUCACUGUGAUGUCACUGGCUCAUCAGUCACCGUCAGCUGGAGAUGAUGUCAUUUCCUGUCUUACAGACGCUUUGGGUUCUCAGCUGUCGUACUUCUCUGAAUGUUGCUGUUAGGUUAGAAACAGGAAGUAUAACCAUGUGACCUGUUUACAUCAUCACAUUCGCUGGAGCUCCUCCCACAUGUGUUGUGGUGAGCGGGGCUUACGAAAGGGGGGGACAGUUUCAUUGGGGGGGGGGGGGGGGGGGGGUCAGACAAACAGCUCCAUGAUUCUGCCAGUUCUGAACUCUGAGUCUGAGUCUCGGAGUCUCUUGGACUUAGACCGAGUCUCUGUGUCUGAGUCUGUGUCUGUGUCUGAGUCUGACUCUCUUAGACUGCGUCUGAGUCUGAGUCUCUGAGACUGAGUCUGUGUCCGAGUCUGAGCCUCUGUGUCUAUCUCUGAGACUGACUCUGAGUUUCAGACUUUAAUAUUGACUUCAGGUUCAGUCUCCACACAGCUGUCCAAUCACAGUGUGCGGAGGCUGUGAUGUCAUCAGGACUGUGACAGGAGUCAAACAUGAGAUACACACUACAUUACCCAGAAUGCCUGUACAGCUGUAGGAGGGUCCUGGUUAUCUUAGACUCUGUGGGGGGUGGGGGGGGUCUGUAGGGGGGUUAAUCCCCCUCAGACUUGUCUUUUGGGGUGGGGGUGGGGGGGUGAAAAUCCGUGUUAAUCUGUGUAAUGAACUUCUGUUUGUUUUUAAACCAAAAAUCUUUUGUCUUAAAUUUGGAAACAAAAAAUAGAAUUUAAUGAUUCAGAUGAAGUGACCCCCCCCCCACCUCUCCCAGGUAAACUCAGGUGAUUCAUGUCUGUCUGAACCUCUAAGCAGGAGGGGGUCGCUGAGGGUGGGGGGGGUCGCAUGCGAGCAGUGUUUUAUUCUCUGACUGAAUCCUGAGAUCUGCUGAGCAGCUCCUGUCUGUUAGCAUGUUGGCGUGUUAGCAUGGCUGUAUAAACCUGAACGUGUUCUGUCUCUCUGAUUGGUCCGUCAGAUUAACCAAUCAUCUUGUUUGAUGCUGUUAUGAUCCCGUCUGUUUGGUUAAAGCUCAUGGAUCAAAGAAAAAUCUCCUCACUACAAUGAAGAUGAUGAUGAUGAUGAUGAUGAUGAUGAAGAUGAAGAUGAUGAUGAUGAAGAUGAUGAUGAUGAAGAUGAUGAUGAUGAUAAUGAUGAUGAUGAAGAUGAAGAAGAUGAUGAAGAUGCAGUGAAACUGAAUUAAACAUGUGAUCGACCUGCAGCUGCUCUUUGUGAUUUAACCUCUCCAACAUUAAUCAUAAUGACUUUAACUGAAGAAACAAACUGAACUUUAUCAGAGGAAAGUUCAGAGCUGGGAUAAUGAUGCUGUAAUAAUCUGAUUUAAUGCUGUAAUAUUCAGGUUUAAACUUCACACUGAGCUCUGUGGACCAUUCAAUAACAGCAGCAGCUUCUUAGUUUAAUGUAUUUUAACUCUUUAAACAGUAGAAAUGUUGAAGUGAAGUUAGUGUUUGUUGUAUAAAGGUUUGAUCAGAAAAGUGUAAAAAUGAUUUCUGCUGUAAGUUUAUUGUUUCUGUUCUCUGACUGUACGUGUGCUCUUUAUAAAUCUAAUCAGCUGGAAA